UAUGUAUUGAGGUUUCUAUCAGAGAAAACUCAUUCCUUCUCCACAUCAUCUGAUAGCUCAAUACUUUUCACGAAGGCAGUAAAGGGUCCACAGAUAGUUACUUUUUCUUUUUAUAAUAUAUGUCACUUUAAAAGCCACUCAUUUUAAUGAAGUGAAAAGAACAUUUCCUGGACGAGCAUUGCCGUGGAAAAAACAAAGAGGAUCACUGAUCAGAACUUUGCUGUCUUUUAUCUGGGAUGGAGAACCUCACGCCAGAACAAUGGCGCGAGAUUAUGAACAGAAAGAUGCGCUUCCCUCCAGAGCUCAUCAGGGCCAUUCAGGAGGGGAAAAUUAAGCAGCUGGGGCGAUUGCUGAAGACCGGCGAUGGCAUCAUCCGCCAGCUAGAGGAGUCUGAGGAUCGCCAGUGGAGGGAAGCACUCAACCUGUCCAUCCGCCUGGGCAAUGAAGAAAUUAUGGACGCCCUCCUUCAGGGUGUCAAAUUUGACUUCCGGCAAAUUCACGAGGCCCUGCUGGUCGCUGUCGACACCAACCAGCCCAGAGUGGUGAAGCGUCUGCUGGAUCGACUUGAUCAGGAGAAAGGCAAUAAAAUGGAUGUGCGCUCUUUCUCUCAGGCCAUCUUUGACCACUCUAUUGACAACUCCCAGUUUGCCCCUGGCGUGACUCCUUUGACUUUGGCCUGCCAGAAAGACUUAUAUGAUAUAGUCACCAUGCUCACCCAAAAAGGUCACGGCAUCCCCUGGCCUCAUAAGAUAUCGUGCGCCUGUCUGGAGUGUCGUAACGGCCGGCAGUAUGACCUGCUCAAGUUCUCCUUGUCUCGUAUCAACACCUACCGUGGCAUCGCCAGCCGAGCCUACCUGUCCAUCACCUCUGAUGACGCCAUGCUCAGUGCUUUUAGUCUCAGCCGAGAACUGCGCAAGCUGUCACAAAAAGAGCCAGAGUUCAAGCCUCAGUACCUGGCUCUGGAGCAGCUCUGUCAGGAGUUUGCUGUUGAGUUGUUGGGCAUGUGUCGCAACCAAUGUGAGGUAACCACGAUUCUGAACAGCUGUGGAGACCAAAGCCAGGAUGCCUUGGAUGAGCAGGCGUUUGAGAAGGGCAUACCCAACCUGUCACGCCUGCGGCUUGCUGUGAACUAUAACCAAAAGGAGUUCGUGGCACAUCCGAUCUGCCAGCAGGUGCUGUCAUCAAUCUGGUGCGGAAACCUGGCAGGUUGGAGAGGUAGCAGGACGGCCUGGAAGCUGCUUGUCUCUGUGGGGAUCUUUCUCACCAUGCCCCUCCUCAGUCUUGUCUACUGGAUUGCACCAAAGUCAAAGGCAGGAAAGAUACUCAAGAUUCCUGUGAUCAAGUUCCUCCUUCACUCAGCUUCCUAUCUGUGGUUUCUAAUCACAUUACUUGGAGAAUCAAUAACAAUGGAGAAGUAUCGAGACAAGUUUGCUUCUCGGCAGCAGAACAUGCUGCACAGCUCCUUCCACAUGGUGUGGGUUGUUGGAUUCUUCUGGUAUGAGUGUAAGGAAGUGUGGAUCGAGGGACUCAGGAGUUACUUCCUGGACUGGUGGAACUGCUUGGACGUGAUGGUGCUGAGCAUGUACCUAGCGUCCUUUGCAUUACGUGUGCUGAUCAUGCUCAAAGGAUACUUUGUAUGCAAUGACCUGAGUGGCACAGAGGAGUGUAUCUACUUCACUCAAACAGUACGUGAUGACUGGCACCAGGAAGACCCUCAACUGAUUGCAGAGGUGCUGUUUGCAGUGACAAGCAUGUUGAGCUUCACACGUUUGGCAUACAUCCUUCCAGCUCAUGAGUCUCUGGGAACUCUGCAGAUUUCCAUUGGGAAGAUGAUUGAUGAUAUGAUGAGGUUCAUGUUUAUUCUGAUGAUUAUUGGAACAGCUUUCCUCUGUGGGAUCAACAACAUCUAUGUUCCUUAUGUCGUCUCCCCUCAUCUGGGCAAGUUCAAUGAGACGUUCCACUUCUUAUUCUGGACCAUGUUUGGUGUAGCGAACCAGGACUACGUGGACAUGCCUCAGUUCGUGUUGGCAGAGUUUGUCGGGAGGGUUCUGUAUGGAAUCUUCACACUAGUCAUUGUCAUUGUCCUGCUCAACAUGCUCAUUGCUAUGAUCACCAACUCCUUCCAGAAAAUUGAGGAUGAUGCUGAUGUUGAGUGGAAAUUUGCCAGGUCAAAGUUAUACCUCAGUUACUUUAGAGAGGGCCUCACCAUGCCUGUGCCCUUCAACAUCAUCCCUUCGCCCAAAGCUGUCUACUACAUCUUAAGGGCUAUCUUUAGACGGAUCUGCUGCUGCUGCAAAUGUAAUGCUGAAGAAAAAUACCCUCCUAUAGCUUCUAUGAGCAGUAAUAAGGAAUCUGACAACAACCAGAUACCAUACAGGCAGCAGGUGAUUGGAGCGCUGGUGCAACGCUACAUUGAGUCAGCUCGCAAGGAGUUUGAGGAGACCAAGAGGAAAGAUAUCGGUAAUCGGAUCACAGAGCUCAGCAAAGCAGUCACCAGGAUGCAUAAUGACAUGAAAGUAAUCCAGCAGUUUAUCAUGAAUGAUGCAAACCCUCCAAUCGAUGUACCGCACAAGGAGGGCUCCUCCAUACUGGGGAAAUACAUCAUUGGUGCCAAGAACAACUUUGUCGGUUUUAACAGCAAACAAGAAGAGAAAACGACAUCCCUUAAAGUGACUGUGCACCAUGGAGAGGAGGAGGUGGGAAAAGAAAAGGCUGACACGGAAGCAAAACAGGAGUCAGACGUUCAGCAGAGUCAGGUGAACGAAAGUGGAGCAGAGGAGUCAAAUCCUGUAACAGACUGUGAUGUGGUGAACAUGGAGGAAGGCAGAGCUGUAGAAGAGCAAGGGGAUAGGAAGGAAAGUGAGAAAAAUGAGCAGGUGGCAUCAGACAAAGAUGAAAAUAGUGACAAUAAAGUAAAACAGGAGGUGGUGGCGAGGACAAGUUUGAAUAAUGUAGAGGAAAAAGCAAAUGAGGCCACACAGGAUCUGGCAGAAAAAACAAAGGAAGAAGAGAUACUCACAGGGGCAAAGGCGGGUGAAAAACUCACUGAGACGACCCCCAAACAACCUAAAAGCAUCAAAGUCAACAUUGAAAACCCAGAAACACAGAGAGUAGUAAAUACGUUCAAAGACAUAGAGCUACAAGAAAAAAAAGUGGAAGCCAAAAGGAUUGGUAGAAAGUUUGAAUAUAAUGUACCAGAGAUGUCAGGUGUGAGAGACGCCAAAGACAAAGUUGGAUCACAGAAAAUGAUCCCCUCACCCACAGGCAGCAGCAGCUCCCAAGACACAGGCUUCGGUUCCCAGGAAGGGGAGGGAUCGAUUGAUGGGAUACUAGUUACACCAUAACAUUAAAGAUCUUUCAAACACAGAACCUUACAGUUCAUUUAAGAGUUGCGGUUCUGGUCACCCUAUCCAAUAUCCUACUGCAUUCAGAAAAUGUCCCAUUGGACAAGGUCAACAGGGUUUACAUUUUUUUGUUAUUUUUUGGCCUUUUACCAACAGGGUUUAGUGGUUAGAAUGUCUUCUAGUUGGUCCACCCAACACACUGGUCUAGAGCUUCACAUUGUAAAAGCUACUGGCCUGACUUGGUCAGAUUUUGUGACUCUUGAUGAAGUAGGCAUAUCUUGAACCAAAGCACGAACAAAGAAUUUACUUUUCUUAUUUUUUUAUUUAUAAUAAUAAUAAUAAUAAUAAUACAUUUUAUUUAUAUAGCGCUUUUCAGAA